GACACCUCUUUCACCAUGUGGUUCCUGGUUCUGUGCCUCGCCCUGUCCCUGGGGGGGACUGGUGCUGCGCCCCCCAUCCAGUCCCGGAUCGUGGGGGGCUGGGAGUGCAAGAGCCAUUCUCAACCCUGGCAGGUAGCUCUGUACCAUUACAGCAACUUCCAGUGUGGGGGCGUCCUGAUACACCCCCAGUGGAUACUCACGGCUGCCCACUGCUUCAGCGACAAUUACCAGCUCUGGCUGGGUCGGCACGACCUGUUUGAAAGCGAAGAAGUUGAAAACGAGGCCCAAUUUGUCCAGGUCAAGCAGAGCUUCCCACACCCUGACUUCAACAUGAGCCUCUUGUUGAACCACACCCGCCUCCCGGGCGAGGACUACAGCCAUGACAUCAUGCUGCUGCGCCUGACGGAGCCCGCCAAGAUCACGGACACGGUGAAGGUCCUGGACCUGCCCACUCAGGCACCCCAAGUGGGGACCGUCUGCCUGGCUUCGGGCUGGGGCAGCAUCAACCCAGGACCAACGAAGUUCCAAUACCCGGACACCCUCCAAUGUGUGGACCUCAAAAUCCUGCCUAACGCCGUGUGUGCAAAAGCCCACUUCCAAAAGGUGACAGAGGGCAUGCUGUGUGCCGGCUACUUGGAAGGGGGCAAAGACACCUGCAGGGGUGACUCAGGAGGCCCGGUGGUCUGUGAUGGCGUGCUCCAAGGCCUCACAUCAUGGGGCUACCUCCCUUGUGCCACCAGCAAUAAGCCAUCCGUCUACACCAGAGUGGCAUUCUACCUGAAGUGGAUCGAGGACACCAUGACGGCCAACCCCUGA